CCUCUUUAUGUCAGUUGUGAUUGAAAAAAUAUUAGUAGUAGCCUAAAAUUGGGGAGCAGCAGUUAGAGAACGAAUAGUGUGUAUACUGUAUACCUAUGCAUGCAUAACCCUAAAUUUACCAUUUACAGAGGACGACUAAUUUUUCCCCAAUUAAGUUUAACGGGCUAUAUAUUUUGUUUUAAUUCAUAAUUUAAUUUAUUUGAUAUAUAUUGGGAAAAGAAUUGGGAUUUACAUUACCAGUCCAUAAUAUAGUGGUAAUGUUUGUUAGUAUACAAGAUUGUACAACGAUGAUAUGAAAGUGUACAUGGUGGUAUGAAUAUAUCUAACUAUCAUUUAACACCAAUAACCAUCCUAUAUCAUGGUGGUAUAUUUGGUCUUAAAAAAUGUUCUUUUGAAAUUUGUAGAUCCAAUAGAUCAUGAUGAACUCUUUUCUCUUGUGCGUAAUUUUUAAAAUAAAGUGAAAAACGAAGGUGGCACAUAGUAGUACCAACUUACCGGUAUUGUAACAAGUGGCAAAUGAUGCAAAUUUUAUUGUUGAAAUAUAUUGAAAAUGAAUAUCUAAAAUAAGAAGGAAACUAGAAAUCCAAGCUAGACUGUGGCCGUCUGGAAACCGCGAAUCUUCUUAAACUCCGAUUUUCAAAAAGUCCACCUGCUUUCGGCAUCUCAGAUUCCUUCUCAGCUCCACCGCCACAUAAAAUCCGAAGACUCGAAUCCGCCAUCACUCUGCUUUCCCUCCCCGUUCGUUGCGCCUCCAAACGCGCCGCUGAAUCUUCGGGAAGCUCAGACUAUGGCAAUGGCUGGACUGUACCGUCGGAUCCUCCCAUCUCCUCCCGCGAUCGAUUUUGCUUCUUCCGAAGGAAAGCAAAUUUUUCUUGAGGCGCUUCAAAAUGGAACCAUGGAAGGUUUCUAUAAGUUGAUAUCGUCCUUCCAGACGCAGUCCGAGCCUGCCUACUGCGGUCUGGCAAGCCUUUCUAUGGUCUUGAAUGCACUUGCAAUUGAUCCUGGGAGGAAAUGGAAAGGACCGUGGAGGUGGUUCGACGAGUCCAUGCUGGAUUGCUGUGAGCCUUUGGAAAAGGUUAAAGCAGAGGGCAUUUCGUUUGGAAAAGUCGUUUGUUUGGGACGAUGUGCCGGUGCAAAAGUUGAAGCUUUCCGGACCACUCAAAGCACCAUUGAUGACUUUCGUAAACAUGUCAUUAGAUGUUCCACUUCUGAUGAUUGCCAUGUGAUUUCAUCAUAUCAUAGAGGGGUUUUUAAACAGACAGGGACUGGUCAUUUUUCACCUAUUGGUGGCUAUCAUGCUGGAAGGGACAUGGCUUUGAUUUUGGAUGUUGCACGAUUUAAGUAUCCUCCACACUGGGUUCCACUAAGUCUUCUCUGGGAAGCCAUGGAUGCAAUUGACGUGACAACUGGACAUCAUAGAGGGUUCAUACUCUUAUCACGGCCUCGUACAGAGCCAGGACUGCUUUAUACCCUUAGCUGUAAGCAAGAGAGUUGGAGUGGCUUCGCCAAGUAUCUAAUUGAUGAAGUUCCUGUGCUCUUGAAGUCUGAAGACUUGGAAGAUAUUGACAAGCUACUACAAGUCGUCUUAGUGUCCUUACCAUCACAUUUUGGCGAUUUCAUCAAGUGGAUUGCUGAAGUUCGAAGACAAGAGGAUGGUGGUGAAAACAUAAGCCAAGAGGAGAAAGGACGACUAGCCAUGAAGGAGGAGGUACUGCAACAAGUGAGAGACACUGGCCUUUUCAAACACGUUGCCACACUUUUGUCUUCUGCAACAUCUUGUAGAAGCAUGGCAACUAAGAGACAAGGUGAUGACGAUCUUCUCUCUGAUAUUGCCGCAAAGCUCUGCUGCCAAGGGGCCGAGAUUUUGGCCGGGAAGUCUUUCGAAGGAUGCUGUUGCAUGGAAACAUGCAUAAGAUGCUUGAAAGAAAACGGUGACAAUUCCAUCACUGUAGUCUCUGCAACAGUUGUCAAUGGUGGGAGUCAGCAGGGACUUGAGGUCCUGGUUCCUUCAUCUGAAAAGAAACAGAAGUCUUGUGAUUGUUGCUCUAGUAACCUGAUGUUCCCAGCUAGCAGUGAUGUCCUGACAGCACUUUUAUUGGCUCUGCCUCCUGAAACGUGGUCUGGUAUCAAAUAUGACAAACUUCUCAAAGAGGUGUUUACUCUCGUCUCCGUCGAAAGUCUCCCUGUUUUGCUCCAAGAAGAGGUUUUGCAUCUGCGGCACCAGCUCCGCCUUCUAAAGAUAUGUUUGAGGAAUAAGGAAGAAGAUUUAGCUGCACCCCUUCCGUAGUCACCGGAGCAGAAUCUUUUAUUUAGUGAACCAUUUUGUGCAGAUAAUCUGAGAUUGCUGUGGAUUUGUUAAGAUACGGGAGGGAGCAGAGGCCAGAAGGUUAUUCAUUCUUAUGCAUGAGAAAUGAAGCAUACUAUUACACGGUGAUCUUAUUCCUUACAUAUGUUAUUUAUGUGUAUGACCACUUCCAGAUGAUCGAUCGAUCCUUUGUGCGGUUCUGCUUUUGCAUCUCCUCCGAUCAUAGUUCGGAAAGAGAUAACAGCUGAUGAUGUACUGGAAUGAGCCAGAUAGAAUCUCAAUUCAUCACAUUAUUGAUAAGUUUCAUAGCUCAAGUGACUUGAGCUAGAUGCUUCUUGAGAAAAUAAAUCGAGUAUUAUUGGUGCAAGUAUUUUUUUUUUUUUUUUUUUUGGGUCGAGUUGCACGUUGCCUAUCCUUUCUAUUGGUUGCUCAAUAGUCAAUACUCAGUUGUGCGGAGAUAACUUGAGAAGAAAUUUCUUUCAUAUGAACGCGACUUUCUGUGUUCUAGCUUUCACAUCCUUGUAAAGAAAUUUUACUACAACUAGGAAAGAAGCCUGCGGCUGCCUAGAACGCUAUAACAAUAUUCUUCAUGAUUCAUGCUUGGAAAGAUACAGACAAAACAACGUUGAAUAACAUGUUUUUAUUUGAUUUAUUUAUUUGAAGCAGAAUUGAUUUCCAGAACAUAUGAUUGUUCUAUAUGGCCGUUGUGCGACUAGUCGAGUAAUCUUUGACUCAUCGUCAUUGAGCUCUAUGCUCUUGGUGAUACUCUUUGUUGUUCUGAUGAUUUCCUACACUAACAUUUUAUUUUGUGGUGAUGCACAUGUAGGGCUGCAAACGAGCCGAGUCGAGUCGAGUUUUUGCUUAGCUUGAGCUCGGCUCGUUUAUUAAUUUUUCAGCUCGAGCUCGGCUCGAACUCGAAUUUUGAUAAUCCAGCUCGAGCUCGAGCUCGGCUUGAAUAAAAAUAAUCUAGCUCGAGCUCGACUCGGUAGAGCUCGAUAAAUGCUCAUUAACAUAGCUUGUUAAGCUGAGUACAAGCUCGGCUCAAGAUGAGCUCGAUUUAAAAUCAUUUUUGCUGGAAAAAUGUAUAAACAUAAGAAUUUAAAUGAUAGAAAGAACACUAGAAACUAGAAAUAACAUCUAAAUUUCAUACACAUUUGUAUUAUAAGACAAUGUUCAUGUUUAAAAGAGUAAUUCAUCCUUCCACAAGCUCAAAACAAGGCAGCUCGCGAGCUUAGCUCGACAAGCCACCGAAUCAAGCUAGCUCGCGAGCUUAUCAAGCUGAGCAUGGUCUAGCUCAGGCUUGGCUCGUUAACUAACGAGUUGGCUCGCGAGCCGGCUUGUUAAAUAACGAGUCGAGUGUCGAACGAGUUUUUUCCGAUUCGAACGCCGAGUUGCUCGCGAGCGGCUUGGCUCAUUUGCAGCCCUAUGCACAUGUUGUCAUAUGAUUGGUUAAUGCGAGGGACUCGUCGCACGCAAUGAGCGGAGCUAUCAUGAAGUAAAUCCAUGUGGUGCGUACAUCUUUUCAGCGCAACGUUUCAUUUCGCGCAAUGAAAGUAUAACAGGACCACCCAUUCCGUGGCACAAAAGACCCUUGUCGACCAACAUUUUUUUCUUCUUAGUUCCAUUUGGUGGCCUGACCUGCAAAGGUCUUGUAUAUAGGGAUGACAACAAAACCCGAACCCACGUGUACCCACCCGACCCAACCCGGUCAAUGCAGGUAAAACUCGUGUUGACGGGUUUUGGGCCGGGUUCGGGUUUAAACCCGCAACACUAUUCACCGGGUCGGAUUGGGUUUGGGUUUAGGUAAACCCGCCCCAUGGGUAUCCGCCCACACACAUAUAAUUAUUUUCCCGGUAUAUUUAAUAUUCUAAAUAAUAUAUCUUCCUUAAAUAACUAAUAUUCUUUAUGUUUAUGGAGACAUGUAUAAUUUGUUUUUUCUAAUUGUUUAGAAUGAAGUUGAUAUUAUGAAGUGGAGAUUGAAGAAACUUAGUUGACGAGGAAGAAGCUUUCAAUUAAUCUUAUUGUUUAUAGAUGUUUAUCUUUAAUUUUGAACAAUUUGUAUUGAUCAUUUGCGGUUUGCUUGUAUGCUCUAGAUUGGUGUUUUUUGUAUGAUUAAUUUGUAUGAGAAAAUUGAUGUUAAACUUUUAUUUUGAAAGAAACUUGUUAUUGUAAAUUUUUUACCAUAAAAACCCACGGGUACCCAUGAACCCGCAGAUACCCAGCGGGUUGGGUUGGGUUUGAGUUUUCCAAACCCAACGGGUUUUACCCUGGGUUUUUUUGGUGGAUAAACUCAUGGGUUUGGGUUUGACAAAACCCGCCCCAACCCGACCCAUUGCCAUCCCUACUUGUAGGGGUGGGCAAUGGGCGGGUUGGGUGGAUUUUGGUCUAUAAUUGACCCACCCGCUUACUAGCGGGUUGGAAUAUAUGUGACCCGCAAUCCACCCACAUACUUAUGCGGGUUGGGUUGGGUGGGUGGCGGAUGGGUGCGGUUGGGUCGCGGGUUAACCCGCAAAAGCAAUUCUCCAACUAACCAUUAAGAAAAUUGACUAACAUUUAUAAUAAGUUCAUAGCACAUUAGUAAGAUUGUAUCAAUAAUUUGCGAUUUUGAUACAAUUAAUAAUUUAUAGUUUGUAUCUCAAUAUUUAAUGGAUAUAAACAAUAAUUUGCAUGCCACUAUCCAUUGCAAAUGGAUAUUGCACAACACAAUAAACAAUAAUAGUAGUCAAAAUUAUUCUUUAUUCUCUACCUUUUGCAGUAUAUGGUCAGACUGUAGUGCAUUUUGAAAAUAUAAUGAAUAUUCGAUACUAUAAGAAACAACAUUUUUUCAUAUAAAAAAUAGAAUGCGGGUCAUACGCGUGACCCGCAAUCCACCCGCCAUCCACCCACAUAAGUGCGGGUGGGAGAUUUAACAAUCCGCAAUCCACCCACAUCAAUCACCCAUUGCAUGCGGAUCGGGUUAUUUGCGGGUGGAUCGAUAUCAAUCCGCGGAUUAACCACCCACGUGCCCACCCCUACCUACUUGUAUAUUGUCGUAUCUAUGUUAUUUCCCCGCGGGGAUACCUAUGGGAAAAAAGACAACGUUGAAUAACAAUAUUCAUUAUUGAUUUAUUGAAUAGACAAACAGUUAUCAUAAUGUAAGACAUUCGUACAAGAACCAUCAUAUUGAUAUAUUUGUAACAAGGAUUAUAGGUAUAAUAUGCUCGUUUACAAUACAUUUUUAUUAAAUAUAUUCCUUUAUUAUUUUUAAACAUCAAAAAUAUCCUUUAGUUCCAAAAAUUUAUCAAUUAUGAUCUUAUGUUAAAAUUUUCAUAUAAAAAAUGUCAUCCAUGAUUGAAUCACGAUUUGUGCGACACAAAUGUCUAAAAUACUCCUAAAAAUUUUACUUUAGAAUUUCUUUUGUUCUUUUGUAUAACCUAAUACGCCUAAUAGUUUCACUCUAGCAAGAUAAGUGUAUAGCCUAAUACCCCUAAUAAUGACUCAUCUAAAAACUUUUAAAAAACAAUAAAUUUGCAAAUAUCUACAUUCCCCAAAUAUCUACAUUUCUCAAAUGUCUACAUUUGAGCAAAUGAAUCAUUUUGUAAAUGACUAAUGCAAACGACUCGUAAGUUAAAUUAUUUGUAGUAGUAUUUAUUUUGGACAAUUUUUAAUUUAUUCGUAAUUCUCGAAAUAUCUAAGGAAAAAUUACUUGUUAAUUGGAUCUCGAUUCAAUAAUUUCAUCUCAAAUUACUUGUUAAUUGACUAAUCAUUUUAAAUCAGUUUGAGGACCUUGCUCAAGUUACAUAAUCUGUAUAGUCAUAAAACUCACUCUGCCAACCGGCCGGGCAAAAUGAUAGUAAUUAAGAAGACAUGUGUACCAUUUGAAGUGAAUGAAAAUUUCUGCAAGAUGUGUGGUCUUCCUUUCCUCCAAGAGUGCCUUGACGUUGCUAUUGUACGACUCCAUCCACCAAUUAAGUUGGUGUCGUGCCAUCUGUGUACCAAUAUGGGGAAAGUUAAUCCGCUGACUUGAAGAAUCGUUAGCAGAUACUAACUGAUAUCCAAAAUAUCUGAAUUAAUAUCCAAGUACUAAAGUAUCUAGAGAGCACAUACUAGUAUUCAAAGUUUGCUAACUGAUAUCCACCAUGAAUCAACUAUUAUCCCAAAUUCACAAACUAAUAUCUAGACAACACAUAAUAGUAUCCAAACAACACAUUAUUAGUAUCCAGAUAACCCAUAAGAGUAUCCAUAUUGAAUACUAGUCGAUUGAUUGUGGAUAUUAGUUGGUAUCUACUAUCUGGAUACUAGUUUGUGAUGUUUUGAAUACUAAUCUGUGCUAUCUAGAUACUUAGUAGACUUAGAUAUUAGUUCAUAUAUUUUGAAUAUUAAUUAAUAUAUACUAACGAAUUUUCAAGUUAGCAGAAUAACUAGGCUGACCAAUAUGUAGCCAAAGGACAUGACCACGUACUUGUAACCUUCAAUAUAUUGGUGGACAAUUUGGUGCAACUUGGGAAGCACUCAGCCGUAGAAAUCCGAGUUAGUGCGGAAGGGAUGUUGUUCAUUUGGUUGCGGGUCUAGGGUUUGUACCCAUAGGAAAGCAAAAUGUGACAAGUCGAGUAAGCAAGAAAAAAAAUUAGAACGCUAUGUUUUUUAAUGGGUCAGAUCACUUUGAUUUAGCGAUGACAAUUUGAAUCCACUUUGUUGAGUUUUACUCAAGCCGAUCUAUUUGAUAAAGCAGACAAUCCUCCAACCACAAUAAUGUGGAAAGAGACAUAAAUACUACUUUCGUCUUGUUUCGUCCUGGGUCUAGGGUUUGAUACCAAUAGGAAAGCAAAAUGUGACAAGUCGAGAAAGAAAAAAAUAGAAGUAGAAUGCUCUGUUACCAAAUGGGUCAGACCAAUUGGAUUUAGCUAUGACAAUUUGAAUCGAUUUUGUUGGAUUUUACUCGAUCUAAUCCAUGAUAGAGCGGGUAAUAUCCCACCCACAAUAACGUGAAACGAGACAUGAAUACUACUUCUACCUUCUUUCGGCUGGUUCCUCCCCACCUCAUUGUCAUCACCACUACCUGUAUUCUUCCUCGAUUCAGACCUCUAGAAAACCGUCAACACGGUAGCCAGAGUGAGUGCAUGUGUUCCAAACUUGAAACAGACGUCUAAUAAUGACCUAAGAAAUCGGUAAAAUGAGCAGAAGUACUGCUCAAAUCAUAUGCCGACAGUUGUUGUUAAGCAAUAGCCAUUUCACUUGUACUGGGAUGAGAUGGGAGUUCAGGGAAUCUGAAACUGUAGCUGUGGAGCUAGCCAUCCUUCUGACCUACCAAUAAUGCCAACUGCAAAAGCUGAGUGCAUCUUUGUGGCCACGUCUAUCUCUAUUUAAUGCUCAACAAACUGAUCUGUAAGCUGCAACUGAAAAGAGGCCUAAUUUAUAUCGAACUUGUUCGAACUCAUCAGAUGGCAGAGCAGAAAUGAGCCUUUCAUGACUGUCGCUGUGGAGCUAGCUAGCAUCAUCUUUCUUGCCUGCCCAUAAUGCCAACUGCAGAAGUUGAAUGCAAUUUUUUGUGGCCAUGUGCAUCUAUAUUUAAUGCUCACCGUGAUCUGAAAGCUGCAUGCAACUGUUAAACAAGGCCUAAUUUGUAUCGAACUUCUUAGAACUCAGAUUACUUUUUAAUUGUGUCUUUUUAAUAAAAAAAAAGAUAGACCCAGUGCGUCUAGGUCACAUUAGAAAUAAAACAUUCGUGGGAAACUCCCAUUAUAUCAAGACAAGUCCAUUUGGACAGGUCCAUUUGGACAAGGUCAUUGUCGUUGACAUUGAAAAAAUGUAUACCAAAAUCAUAAACGUGAGCCUUGCUAGCCAAGAAAUCAGCUGUGAAAUUGACUUCCCUAUACACAUGCGCCACACAUACGUCCCAAUUGUGUCUUCUUUUGAAGGUUGAAAGUUCCUUGAAACAAAUUUUUGGUCGAAUACUAACUUCCAACCUAAAAUCUUGUCUGGAUAAGUCCAAUAUCUUGAUAACUUAGCUUGUGAUUUAUUGAUGAAUGAUCUGAAUUUGUGUUCAUUCCACUUCUGUAUUCUUCCAUCUUUAAUUCUAUACCUUGGUGCUUUCACAAUCUUUCAUUUUUAUUUAUAUUUUAUUGUGCAGGUGGGAUUCCGCGUAUACUUAGAUGUGCCUAGGUGUUAGGCAGCAACAAAACGUCUCGCAUAGAUCCUAAACAGACAAUUAGGUGUUCAUAAUACUUAGGCGAAGUUAGGCAUGGUUAAUCGGUGUGAGGCGGGAUUGGCGGGCCAAAGAUUGAAAAUAAUUGCAUCUCAUCUUUCCAAAAUGACGCCAUCUCCAGCUCAAGAGGAUAAAGGAGAAGAAGAAUAUUUAUAUUCUUCCAAGUAUCGAUGCAACUGAAGUACAAGGCUUCCUACUUGAAGGAGGGGAUGAUAAUUUAAUGUAUGUGUUCAAGGAUUUGCAUGACGAAGGAGAUGAUGCACCAUCAAGUGUUGCUACACAUGCAAUGACGACAACACACGAGCAGUUUGAAUUUCAUAGGAAUGUAAGUGUGAGAGAGCUCCAUGAUGAAGCAUUCGAGUCUAACGAGAGGAAGAAAAGAAUGAUGAAGUGGUCGUUGGAAGGACCUAUUUGGAUUAUGAUGAAUGAACUUGUUUUAAGUGUUCGUUGUUUCUAUCAACUUGUGUUUCUAACUUUCUAUGAAGUUGUGAUUUAGGAAAUCAUAACAUAUUUUUUUUAUCAAGUGUUAACUAAGUUAUUAAUCAUUUGAAUCAAAAUAAAAAGAGUGCUAUAAAAAUACAGUUUCUACUAUAAGCUGCUAUUUUGGGUUAAAACGCCUAGACAUCGCUUAGGCAUCCUAGGUGAUGAGUGGGAACACAAUGUAUGUCUUAUAUAAUUUUUCACCGAAUUCCAAAUACUUUAUAGGCUUUAUUUAAAUAUUUUCGAAUAAUUCUGAGUUCGUAACCAAGUAUCGAAGUUAUAACAUUUUGAUAUAAUUGAGCGAUUAUAUGUACAAACUUUUUUUGGGUUGAAUAUAUGUAAAAACUUUAUAUAAAUAAAACAAAUGACUUUGAAAAUGAUACAUUAUUCUAUUUCAGAUAUAACUUUUCUCAAAUAAAUCCGGUUAAGCUUAAAUAGGUUCCAGUUAAAAAAAACUUUUCCUUUUUGUAAUAUAAAAUUGAUCUAAUGGUUGUAAUUUGGGAAAGAGACAUCUAAUGGUCCAUAUCAAGAAGGGGCAAGAGGAAAAUAAAAGUUAGAGAGAACUUGCAGGAUUUUCUGGGCAGUUGGCCUGAUAUUUGGGUAGCGCGCGGAUUUGUUGUAGAAAUAUCAAAUAUUUUGUGCACUACAAGAUAAUAUCCAUGUUGAAAUUUUUUGACAAAAAAUUUCCAGAUCAUCAUAUCGCUGUCCUAUCAUGAUAUUGCCACUAAUAGUGUUAUGAUAUCAUAGUAGUAUGGUGUUGAAUGAUAGUGAUAUAAUGUUGGUAUGAUAGUGAUAUGUUGUUGCCUUGUUGCCUUGUUGGUAUGAUGUCUUACGUUUGUCAAAAUAAUUAGAUGACAAUAUAAUUGUUAUAUCAUAAUAGCAUCAUUAUACCAUAGUGAUAAUAUAUGAAAUGAUAGUAAUAGAUGUUGGUACGAGGCUUUAUGUUUGAAAAAAAUAAUUUGAUGAUAUCAUAUCACUGUUAUAUCACUAUAUCAUGAUAUGCAGUUAGUAUUACCAUAGUAGUAAGAUCAUGAUAUGAUAGAUAUUAUAGCAAUAAUAAUAUAACCAAUACAUGUUUUGAAGAGCUAAUAUUUUUUUUUCUCAAACAUAGCAAAAUGAAUAUCAUAGUGUAAAUCUUAACUACUAGGUCAUAUUUAUGCAAAAAUUUUGAAAUUUCGAAUUAAAGCAAAGGAGAUAAAUGACCCGAUUAAGAAAAAUGAGAUAUUAGGGGGGGAAAACAGAUUUUGACCGGUAAAAAAAAGCUUCAUUCUCUCUUCUGAGAUUUGUGACAAGCUAUAAGCCAAACAAGAAAAAAAUAAGGAAAUUACCAUGUCACUCCUCUUGAUUCCCUUCCUUAUUAGUGUUGUUUUUUAUUUAAUUUUAUUUUAUCAUUGGAUGAGUUAAAUUUAGAUGGUCGUAUAUGAGAUUUUGUAAGAUUUUAUACUGAUAUGGAUUUUGUACUAUCUGCUUUCCCAAUCAAAUGUUUAUCAAUUGGAAUAUGAUUGGAUAAGAGAGUACACAAGACCGAGAACUAGUGGUUCAUUGUGUAAUGCAACGCAUUUUGGUUGGUGAGAAAUAGUCAACUUUCUCAGUUUGAAGCCCUACAUGGAGCUAACGAAGAACACAAUUAAUAAGUGACGUCGUUCGAUACAUACAUUUUGGAACUUGAAAACACAACAACAAUAAUAAGAAAUAAUAAUUUACUCGCUAGCUUAUUUACUAAUUACUAGAGUAGCUCAAUGCUCCAUAAACGGUCUUCGCGGAUGAGUUUGUCAAUAAGAUUUAAAAUUGUUUACUGCUUCUAUACGUGUAUUAAAUAUUUUCCAAAAGUUACUAUUAUUGUACUAACUCACCAAAUUGCUAUUGGUCAUUGUGGUUGUCACCAAGGUUAUUAAAUCGGUUUAUACAAUUGUGCCGGUUUGAUAAGUGUAAGUGGUAUGAUUUGACUAGGGUGUAAACAGUUUAUGUCGAUUUAAUAAAAUAUGUAGAAAUGUGAAAAAUCACUAACAUCAAAUAAAUUUCAGUAUACAUAUAUAAUACAUAUUUGAAGACAAUCUACAAUUAUAUUAAAAUAAAAAUACAACAUUUCAAACAAAAUAUUUAAUAAUCAUAUUCAAAUACAACAUUUAACUUUAGCAAUCAAAUAUUUAUACUUGAAUCACAAUAUGCUCGAAGAAAGUGAGAGGUUAUCAAAAUGCUCGACUGAAAGGAGAGGGACGUUGAGUGUGAUGGGCGGUGAGUACAAGGCCUGAGAACGAAUUCAUUGUCGUAUGGCUGACCGGUGAUUAAUAGCGAUUUCGGCUUCAUGCAGGCGAAUUGCAGCCUACAAUCAGAAUUGAGGACGGGUGGGAAUGAGCAGAAGCAAGAAGAUAGCAUUGUGGUCAAUCCCCCUAUAAGAAGGAAUUCUGGAAUAAUCUGCAUCUGUCUUAGUCAGUCUUAAAAAGGCUACAAAAGGCUUGGUUCUACAGAAUGGUCGCCAUCUCUCUCUUCUCCCUUCGCCCGCUUUUCGAGCUCUGAAAAAGCAUGAUAGUUGUGCUCUACCUUUCUCCGUCUUUCCCUUCCUUGUCUGUCUUCUCAGAAAUAUCAGCAUUCCAUUCCAGAAUUAUCCGGAGCUUAACCUUAGUUGACUGACAAUGACAAAGGCUUGCGAAAAAAAGUAGGUCGAGCUACUUCUUUCCUUCGGUCAAUCUCUAACCUCUCCUCUACCGGGAAAAAUUCAAUUGAAAAUGAAACGUCUGGUCUAGCUUCUUCUCCUCCUCUCUGUUACUAGCGAAAAGAGUAAAACUGGUUUGAACUCCGUGCGGUUGCACGCCUCUUCCUUACUUCCUAAUUUCUCCUUCCCCUUUCGGUUGAGCGUAUUUUAGAACCUCCGCCAAGACUCGAAUGAAUGAAUUAGUUCUUCUUUGCCCGGGGAAAGAGCUUCCUUACACUCCUCGCACUCUACCUUUAAAACAACCCGAUUCUUUUGAAAACCAAACCAUAACUCAAACCAAAAACUAGUUACUCCGCAAAUCACGUUUUAAAGUCAAACCAAAAAUCAACCAAUGACAAUAACCAUAAAUCUCAAACGAAAAGCCCUAAACAUUUGGGCAAUCUCAAUCUAAAACACUUGAACAUAAACAUUGAGUUUUCCAGUAUACUCAUAAAACACGAAAUAAAGACAAUUAUGAUAAAGGGGUCCUUUCUCGUUACCCUAAGCCUUCUGACAUCUUCAAGCUUGACGCGGCUGGUCUCCACGAGUAACCUCUUCGUGAUGGAUACUUCCUCUUCCCCUUUCCACCCCUGGUGAGUGAGUUGGGGUUAGUCUCGUCGUUACUUCCGAAGGUAUUUGCCUAAGCAAAACCUUACUAACACAUUAUUAGUAUUUCCUUUAUUUACAUGAAAGUCGUUCUCGCCUUUAUCCUUAAUACUUUAGUCCUUAAUAGCUUAUCGAAGCUCUCUACUUCUAUCUUAACUUAUAUACUUAUUACUAGGGUCCACCGCGUUACGUAUCGCCGUCUGGUGUCCCUAUCCAUAAGGCAAUGGUAUUGCGUUACGUAUCGCCGUCGAGUCCACCCCGGUCAACCAGUGCGUUACGUAUCGCCGUCCAGUAAUGACCCAAUAUCCUCGAUCAGCUGCUGCGUUAAGUAUCGCCGUCCAGCAGUGAUCCAACCAUCUACCGCAUCAAGUAGUGGCUCAACCGGCUGGGGGUUUAUCUUAUCAUUAACCAUACAUCAACACACACAUUCACAUACAUAGCACAACCUAUCAACAUUGCACCGACAUGAAAACCAAUGAUUCUUUCAAAAAAAAGUGAUUCAAAUAUUUAACUCUCUAAACAAGUACAAACAUAAUAAAAAAUCCACCAUUUGGAGCUUACAAUUAUAGUUAUUCGAUUUUUCGGUCGAAAAUUCGAUUCGAUUGGAAGAACUUUGAUUUCCGAAAUAUUCAUAUUUUCCUUCCGAAUUUCGAACUGAAUAGCAUUAUUUCGGUUUCAAUUCGGUAAUUUUCUUUCGGUUUGGUGCUAUUCGGAUUUACCGAACCGUUUGCCCACUCCCAUUGGGUCACUCUCUUUUGCUGCUUCAAUCAAAGUCCAUCUAGUCAAAACGUACUAAACGACAAGUAUAAGAAAACAUAAAUUGAUAAUUUAUUAUUAUAUUUAAAAAUCAACAUGAAUUGAUAAUUUAUUAUUAUAGUUACUACAUUAUACUAGUGGCAUAUAACACGUGGCAUAGCCAUGCCGCACUUUGUUUUGGGAAGAAAAAUAAAAUUAAAUACUUAAAAUUCCUUUUACAAUGAAAAAAAUAUUGCAGUGACAAAAUUUCUAAAAGGUUUAUAGAUAUAAUUUAGGGUAAAUACAAUUUAAUAUCCAAACCUUUCAUUUUAAACAAUAUAAUAGCCAAACAUUUUCGAAAACAAUCUAAUAUCCAAAUCGUCAACUUUCCGUUCGUUUGACCGUUAGUUGACACUUCAAAAAAGUUUUGUUUAGAGGAAAUUGUCACAAUACAACUUUGUUUUCUUGUUUUGGCAUUGCAGAUGACUGAAUAUUUAGAUAUUCUAUACCAUCAUGAUGGAGUCAUGGACUUCUCGGGUUUGGAACUACGAUAUGUUGGUGGUUUUUCAGAGAAGAUAUCGAUGGAUAUUGAUGAAGUGCCGUACGUCGAACUUUUUUGAAGUGUCAACUAACGGUCAAACAUACAGAAAGUUGACGAUUUGGAUAUUAAAUUGUUUUUGAAAAGGUUUGACUAUAAUAUUGUUUAAAAUGAAAUGUUUGGAUAUUAAAUUGUAUUUAUCCUAUAAUUUAUUCUUCUACUAUGUAUGUUUCUCAAGCAUGUCUCUCUAUUAUUACAUCAAAUCCAGUAUUUUACUUUUUAAUAAUUCUCAAACGUAACCUUCUAUUAACUGUCUUACCACAAAACCAUUAUCACAAGAAAUGAAGAGGGAAAGGAAAUUUUUACCCUUUGAUGUUUUUAACCCAUCAUCUUUGCCCAUUAUCCAAGCUUGUCUAACGGCGAAGAACCUCAGCCCCAAGUCACCCUCCCCUUCCCUCACGACCCUUUCGUCUCCCCUCAUUGGUUGAUUUCCAGAAUCUUAAUUUAAUCAUUCAAAUUGAAAAUAAGAAAUGAAAAGUGAAGUUUAAUUAAAGACUAAAACGAUGAAGGGGGAUUUUCGGAGAAGUCCUAGUGAGAGAGGGUUGUUAUGGGACAAUCCAAAUGCCGCAUAAGUAAUACAAGGGAAGAAACUCUUGUAUAUAAGUGUCCACCAAGCUUAUUAGUACGAGACCUUUUGAGGAGGACCCCCCAAGAAUAAAACCGUGUCGUCUUGGCCAAAAGCGGACAAUAUCGUACUAAUUGAGCUCCCCGGUUAUGACAAGUGGUAUCAGAGCCUGGUUCGGGGCGGUGGACGUCGGUUUGGUGGACCCUCAUUCGAUGACCUCGGGAUUUGAGAUAUGCAUUUGUCUGGCGGGUCAGUCAAAGGUGAUUCGCGUCUAGUUUGGUCGAUCCACGAGAGAUCCAUGUUUGGGCUACAUCUGGUUUGGCGGAUCAAAGGAGGUCCGCGUCUAUCUGGUGGAUCUAGGAGAGAUUACAUUUAGUUUGGCGGAUCAAAGGAGGUCCGCGUCUGUCUGGUGGAUCUAGGAGAGAUCUACGUCUGUUUGGCGGAUUAAAGAGAGUUCCACGUUUGAGAAAAUUCUUAUACCGAGAAACCCAUCGAUACAAGGUGUCUGGCAUAUCAAGAUAAUCGCUGAGAAAAGGACACGAAGUUUGUGAUCCUUGGCUUGAGGGGAGGAUUGCUAUGGGACAAUCCAAGUAUCACAUCGGUAAUACAAGGGAAGGAACUCUUGUAUAUAAGUGUCCACCAAGCUCAUUAGUACGAGUACUUUUAGGGAGGACGCCUAAGAGUAAAACCGUGUGGGCUUG